AUUGAGAGAAAGAUUGCAUGCUCGCUAUUGACGAGAUGAGCAUUACUGCAGGACAACAAGUUGAUAUAGCAACAAAUUCACAUUUUGGUUUAUCGACGUUGCCAGAUAGAUCAGGCCAAAUUAAAGAAGCUACUCACAGUUUAGUUUUUAUGCUUGGAGGAAUUUUUACACGUUGGAAAAUGGUUAUAGCUUAUUUCCUUACACCAGAUAGUAUUGAUGGUGCUAUUUUGAAACCUGUUAUACAAGAGAUUAUUGAAAAAGCAGAAUCUAUUGGUCUAUACGUUCAUAGCGUAACUUCUGAUAUGGGUCCUGUUAAUUUAAGUAUGUGGAGAGCAUUUGGUGCUAUUGGCAGCAACAGAUCCGAAGUCAGACAUUACAUACCUCAUCCUGUUAACA